CAAUGCCAACCGCAGGGGUUAAGACCAAGAAGGUAACUACCUACGGGCGUAAAAACACACAAAUCAUCUCCAUUCACUCAGACUUUGUUGAACCAGUUGACUUGACUUCUCCUCCCGUCCUUCCAACGCGGCAGCGUCAACCUCUGACGGCUAAGCCCUCCAAUGACAACUGCAACUUACCCGCUGCUACAUGCCAAGCAUUGAAUUCCCUCAAAAGUGACAGGCUUUCAAAAGCGCCCUAUAAAGAGGAAACUUUGCCCAAAGUUGCAAAAGGGGUGUCGCCAGAUGGUACUUUAUCCAAGGUAACAGUGCCUCCUUUGAGUAAAUCUCCUCGGAUCGUUUCAACGAAGCAAAGAAGAGUGUCCCGGAAAACCUCAAAGGCCAUUGUUCCUAGGAGUCCUGCGGCUGCUCAUACGACACUCCCGUCAGCGCCCAAAAUACCGAUGGAGUCUUCAUCCAUGCAGUCUACAAAGCAGCAGCGCUCUCCAGGUUCAGCUAUCAGGGCGAAAAAAAGGCUUGUUUUUGAGGGAGUUAUCCUGCCUUUACGGUCACCAAUAAGUGACAUCAGAAUCGAGGAGUUAUCUGAAAGGCUAUCGGAUGUGACAAUUAAAGACAGUUCUGCUCAAAAGACAGGGAAUGGCGCGGACAAAGGGAAGUCAUCAUCUCAAUUCGCCUUGGAAGCUCUCAUACAAGCAUGUUCUUCUGCCUCUGUUCAGGAGUUCAACGCCUUUAUCAAAUCAUUCCCAUUAUUUCCUGCCUCGAAAGAUGUCUUCAUGACCAAAGUGGGUGAAGCAUCAUAUUCUGAGGUAUUUGGCUUUUCUCAGUCAGCCGAAGAUGCCGAUCUAGUCCUAAAGGUGAUCCCGCUGUUUUCGGGGACGGUGGAGGCAGACGGGUCAUUUCCCGACUGUAGCUCACCCGAAGAUGUUCUGAGGGAGAUUGAAAUUACCAAGAAAAUGAAUCAAGUUCCAGGUGGCGGUUUCGUGGAAUUCAGAGGCGCCUAUGUUGUGGAAGGAAAGUAUCCUAAGGAACUGCUCGAAAAAUGGGACAUCUACAAAUCCACCCAGGGCUCUGCUAGUGUACGACCUUCGGCAUUUGGCCCAACACAGAAGUAUUGCCUUGUGGCUCUCUGUAAUUCAGGGAUUGACCUUGAGGCCCUCCAGUUUGAUUCUUCUCGGGGUUGGGUGCAGGCCGCUGGGAUAUUCUGGCAAGUAGCAGCAGCUCUGGCAUCCGCCGAAGAUUGGACAAAAUUUGAGCAUCGUGAUCUCCAUGAGGGCCAAAUUCUCAUAUCAUCCUUAUCCGAAUCCCCUUCCUCUACAGAACCGGAAAAUUACCUGUCGCCAACAUACACAUCUUUGCAAACGACCAUCAUUGAUUUUGGUCUUUCACGUUUAAAUAUGCCCACGCCAGUUUGGUCCCAAAUACCUGAAGAAGUGUAUGAAGGCAAAGGAGCACAAUGGGAUUUGUAUAGAGCCAUGAGGUCUAGGAUAGGUGACGACUGGGGUGGUUUCCAUGCAAUCACGAACCUCAUGUGGCUGCGAUAUAUCCUUCAGUAUAUGCUCGUAUCGAAAUCUCUUAGAAAGCCCCGCGCUCUCAGAUCUACACAAGUCCCUCGGUUGGCUAGGGGCGUGAAACCAAAACCCGAUACCGUCCGGUCUGAAAAAGCUUGGGGCAUCCUCCAGAAAGUCGAGGAGAUGAUGGAAUACAGUCUGAAUUUCGACAUGAGUGCAAGGUCAAAUAGGAAUCACAAGAACGAUGCGUUGAAACCUUUAACUUCAGCAAGAGACUUGGUGAACUGGGGGAAAGAUGAAGGAUGGAUUGGAUAAUAUUCACAUUGAAGCCCGAUUAUGUACAUUAGCAGCUCGCG